CACCCGCGGCGCACGAUAACUCUCCCCGUCCUCGACGACCCUCCCUCUAUCUCCCCUCAUCAAUCUCCUCCACCCGAUUAUAAUAAAAUCUUUUCCCCAAUUUUCACAGAUCAAGACCCUCUCUCUCUCUCUCUCUCUCUCUCUCUCUCCCCACUGCGCGCCACCUCUCUACACUCCAAACCCUAAAAAGGAAGAUCGUGUGCGAUGGCGACGGCGGGGACCUUCUCCGGCACCGGCGGCGGCAUCUCCGGCCUCCUCCGCCUCCGCCGGCAACCCUACGCCGCCGGCGACGCCGCGGCCGCUGUCGCCUUCCGUCCCCCCGUCGGCUCCGUCUCCGGCGGCGGCAACCUCAUCUGGGGCCGCCAGCUCCGCCCCGCGCUCCUCCUCGACCGCCCCGCCCCCGCCGCCGCCGCCGCCGCCGCCCGGCGCGAGCUCCUCCGCCCCGUCGCCGCCGCCGCCUCGUCGUCGCCCGCCGAAGGGAACGAUUCCGCCGGGGAAGCGAAAGUGGGAUUCGCGGCGAAGUACCCGGCUCUGGUCACCGGCUUCUUCUUCUUCAUGUGGUACUUCUUGAACGUGAUAUUCAACAUACUCAACAAGAAGAUCUACAAUUACUUCCCCUAUCCCUACUUCGUUUCCGUGGUGCACCUCUUCGUGGGAGUGGUUUAUUGCUUGGUGAGCUGGGCCGUUGGUCUACCGAAGCGCGCGCCCAUUGACUCAAAACUGUUGAAGCUGCUUAUUCCAGUGGCAGUAUGCCAUGCCCUGGGUCAUGUGACCAGCAAUGUCUCCUUUGCUGCAGUUGCAGUCUCAUUUGCGCACACUGUCAAGGCUCUGGAGCCGUUCUUCAAUGCUGCAGCUUCUCAGUUCAUCCUCGGGCAGCAAAUUCCUUGGACACUGUGGUUAUCUCUAGCCCCUGUUGUGAUUGGUGUUUCAAUGGCAUCUCUCACGGAACUAUCAUUUAAUUGGACUGGAUUCAUUAGCGCCAUGAUUUCCAACAUUUCCUUCACUUACAGGAGCAUCUACUCCAAGAAAGCCAUGACUGAUAUGGACAGCACCAAUGUGUAUGCCUACAUUACAAUCAUCGCUCUCUUUGUUUGCAUCCCCCCAGCGAUCAUUAUUGAGGGGCCUCAACUUUUGCAGCAUGGAUUCAAGGAUGUAAUAGCCAAAGUAGGUUUGACGAAGUUCAUCUCAGAUUUAUUUUGGGUGGGCAUGUUUUAUCACCUUUACAAUCAGCUGGCGACGAACACCUUGGAGCGAGUGGCUCCUCUCACUCAUGCGGUUGGCAAUGUGUUGAAACGUGUCUUUGUGAUUGGCUUCUCUAUUAUAGUCUUCGGAAACAAGAUCACAACCCAGACGGGCAUCGGAACCUGCAUUGCCAUUGUAGGAGUUGCCCUCUACUCGUAUAUCAAGGCCAAGAUUGAAGAAGAGAAAAGACAAAUCAAAGCCGCAUGAGAUGGAUUAUAUGUUGGAUUUUGUAUGGUAAAUAUGCACGAAAAGAGUAGCAGGGAAAAAGAAAGAGUGAUAAGCUUGCGAGCAACCAAAUAUCACUUGUUGUCACAUCUAAUUCUUUUUUCUCUUGUACUCUGUUGUUCUUUCGUUGUGAACCUGUGUAAUGAACAUUGCUGGUGAAUUGCAGGAACCCAUAAUAAUCUCUAUUUGUGAAGUAAAGCUUCAUGAGAGCCCGUGAUUUGUAUAAAGAAUAAAGAUUUAGAAUGUCAAAUCUCUGUUGAAAAUUGGCGCUACAACUUCUAUUAUUAGGAA